AAUAUAAGGGCCCGCUUCGAUUAUUGUCUACUAGUGGUGCCGAUUGGGAUUUUCAAGAGGCACCUGACUUACAAGAAAUUCUAAAGAGGUCACUAACCGAAUUUUUCUAUGCUUACAAGAAAGGCAACAGAGACAAGAAAAGCUCUCCUCUAUUUACUAUUAUGGGUGGUGCAGGUAUUGGAAAGUCAAGACUUCUCAUGGAAUUGCCACAAAUAGCUCGAUCUGUAGUCGAUAACGAUGAGUUAAAAAAACGCCUUGACAAUGCAUUAAUAUUCAACAUAAGCUUCGAAAAUGGAACAAGUUACUCUCCAAAUAGAGAGAAAGAUCCAUUAAUUGCAAUUGGUAUACGAAUAUGCAAAAAGCAUCAUUUGACUCCAUAUACCAUACUAAAACGUAUUGCUCAUUCUAGACAUCAAAAGAUUAGUGAUCUAACGGUAUUUUUGUUGCUUGAUGGUGUUCACAGUCUAAUGGAAAAUUCCAAUGAUGGGUUGGACAAAGAUAGCAAAUUUCAUUCAUGCCUUUCAGAAGUAACGAAUCUUAUAAUUACUUCUAAAUCAUUCAUUAUUGGAUGCUGCUCUGCAACAAGUAUGAAGCCCAUGAGGAAUAUUUUAGCAAGAUCUCGACAAUUACGUAUUCAAUUGCCUAUUCCACAACUAAAGGCUCCUAGCCGUUCCCAUAAACCGGUAUUUGAUAUGGAGAAACCCCUCGUGAAGAUUCUUGUUGGAGAUAUGGGUGGUAAUGGUCGUGCACUGGAAGCAUUAGAGCAAGUGAUCCCAUCAAAUUUUGAUGAUCGUUGUAUUAGUGACAUUGUUCAUCAGUUGCUUAUGAAAUUAAAGAAACUUUAUUCAGAUAUUUUUGAUAAUGCUGACUCUUACAAAGAAUUAUUACGAGUAAUUUUGAGUAACACACCACUCAGUAUUAAUUGUCCUGUACCAGGUACUAAUCUUCGCCCAGAUCAAUUUGCUGAGAUGGGUUUGGUUCGUUUUGAAGCUGAACAAGAUAGCGCGUUGGGCAGGUUGACUUGCCCUUAUGUGUGGGUAUGGUUGAUGGCACGUGCGGUUAAUGAUCCAAUUCUUUUAAAUUGGAGAUUUGAUGAUCAUGAUGAAAUCCAACACCUCCGUAAUCCUGAAAAAGUCUCACUAGUUGAACUUUCUAUCCACACAAUACAUCCCGGUAGUGCAUUUGACUCAUGCAUAGAUAAUGACAUUUAUCUCAAGUCUAGGCCACUAAAACUUGUUUAUUCCUCAGAACAAAUUAGUACGAAGUCCAAUAGUAUAGCUUCUAUUAUACAUGAAAAUGGAACAAUAAAUGCAACUGAUGGACAACACUUGAUUAUAAACGGUGAAGGUGCUCCUGCUGGUGAUAUAUUUUGUUACAUUACAGAAAAAACAUCCAUAGGGCAAGAAGGAAAUAUCACCGAGGUCUUACAGAUAAAGAAGCUUGAUCGUAAAACCAAUAUAUCACUCAAUACAUAUCUUGAGGAAAGACAUAAAGCUGCUGGCAAAAAUGACAUAUUCCUUUUAAUAACGACCGGAAAAACUCAAAUAAAUUCUUCACAACUUCCUGCACGUUCGGGGAUAGUUCAUCAAAAAAAUUGGAAGGAAUAUUUUGGCCCAUUUGCUGGCAGAGCAUUCAUUUAUGCAAACGUAGAACCACCAGAUAUUAAUACAGCAAGUCGUUGUUGGCUUUCUGGUAUCGGUGGUAUUGGCCACAAAUAUGCUGAUAUUAUAAUUAAGAAACGACCCUAUCAAUCAUUAGAGGAUUGCCAUCAAAAGACUGGUAUCGCACUUAAAAUUCUUAAGCAGUGCAACUGUAUAAUCAAUCGUACUAAUAACAAUGAUGGUUUUACUGAAGCAAUAAGAUAA